UAUUGUGUGGAACAGCAAGUGCUGGCUGUCCCUCCCCUUCCACAGCUCUGGGUAUGGGAGAGGGUUGUCCAGCCUCCAGCCUCAUAGGAAGGGCCUUGAUCAGCAUCUAGGUGCCUGCAGGGCUGGGGCGGAGUCCUGGAGAAUAAAGCCCUUUAUAGGGCUUUACAGGGAGGCUCCCCAGCCCCAAGCUCACCGCCUGGCUGUGGACAUCUGUGUCAGCAUGUGGGUCCUGGUUCUCUUCAUCGCCUUGUCUGUGGGGUGCACUGGUGCAGUACCCCUCAUCCAGUCUCAGAUUGUGGGAGGCUGGGAGUGCGAGAAGCAUUCCCAACCCUGGCAGGCGGCUGUGUACAGUCAUGGAUGGGCACACUGUGGGGGUGUCCUGGUGCACCCCCAGUGGGUGCUCACAGCUGCCCAUUGUCUAAAGAAGAAUAGCCAGGUCUGGCUGGAUCGGCACAACCUGUUUGAGCCUGAAGACACCGGCCAGAGGGCCCCUGUCAGCCACAGCUUCCCACACCCGCUCUACAAUACGAGCCUUCUGAAGCGUCGAAGCCUUAGACCAGAUGAAGACUCCAGCCACGACCUCAUGCUGCUCCGCCUGUCGGAGCCUGCCAAGAUCACAGACGCUGUGAAGGUCCUGGGCCUGCCCACCCAGGAGCCAGCACUGGGGACCACCUGCUAUGCCUCAGGCUGGGGCAGCAUCCAACCAAAGGAGUUCCUGCGCCCAAAGAGUCUUCAGUGUUUGAACCUCCAUCUCCUGUCCAGUGACAUGUGUGCCGGAGCUUACUCCGAGAAGGUGACAGCGUUCAUGUUGUGUGCUGGGCUCUGGACAGGUGGUAAAGACACUUGUGGGGGUGAUUCUGGGGGUCCACUUAUCUGUAAUGGUGUGCUUCAGGGUAUCACGUCAUGGGGCCCUGAGCCUUGUGCUCUGCCUGAAAAGCCUGCUGUGUACACCAAGGUGGUGCAUUACCGGAAGUAGAUCAAGGACACCAUCGCAGCCAACCCCCUGAGUGCCCCCGUCCCACCCCUACCUCUAGUAGAUUUAAGUCCACCUCACGUUCUGGCAUCACUUGGCCUUUCUGAAUGCUGGACACCUGAAGCUUGGAACUCACCUGGCCAAAGCUUGAGCCUCCUGAGUCCUACUGACCUGUGCUCUCUGGUGUGGAUUCCAGGGCUGCUAGGAAAAGGAAUGGGCAGACACAGGUGUAGGCCAGUGUUUCUGAAAUUCGUGUAAUUUCAUCCUCUCCUUCGGAACACUGGCUGUGUCUGGAGACUUCUCACUCAGUUUCAGUGAGGACACACACAAGGACGCGGGUGACCAUGUUGUUUGUGGGGUGCAGAGACGGGAGGAGUGGGGCCCACCCUGGAAGAGCGGACAGUGACACAAGGUGGACACUCUCUACAGAUCACUGAACAUAAGCUGGAGGUACAACGUACGAGGCACGCGCACAGCAAGGAUGACACUGAAAACGUAACCCACUCUGUCCUGGGAGCACUGGGAAGCCUAGAGAAGACCGUGAGCAGAAAGAAGGGGAGGGUCCUCCUGUGUUGUUGAGGGAGGGACUAAGGGGAGAAACUGGAAGCUGAUUAAUUACAGGAGGUGUGUUCAGGUUCUCCAGCCACCGUCAGAUUUCAUGAUUUCCUAGCAGGACUUCCAGAAAUAGAGAGCCAUCAUGCCGUGGUU